GGAAAGUUUGUGGAAUAUCGAAGCAGCGCAGCGAUGGUCGAGUCCAACGGGACGGAAAACUUCCCUUCUGGCUCUUCGGGAACUGGGAAAGGAAUUUCUAACGGAGGGAAUCCGUCUGCAAACAGCCAAGAGGAUUUGGAUCUGGCGGCCGUCUACGUGUCAGAUGCUCAAUACAACAGAAACAUCUUCUUUGACACAACGCCCCAGGCUGUGAGACUCUAUCUUCUCUACAACCACUGGGCUCUCCAAGUCCUGCUCUACCUCUUCAUCCUGCUGGACCUCUCUCUGGCCAUCUUCGAGGAGCCGGCGGUGGUCCCUCUUCCAGUCUGGGCCACCAUGCUGAUGGAGCUGAUCUGUCUGUUAAUCUUCACUCUUCGUUUGGUUCACUAUGCCAAGGUCAUCCCACCAGACAAGUUCUGGAAAGACCCCAAAAAUAUCUGCAUCAUGAUCAUCCUGCUGUUGACCAUGCUGGACAUGAUAGUCUAUGGAGCGCUGAGGUCUACGGGUUACUACGCGGUGCGCUGGUCGCGGGUUCUUCGCCCACUGCUGUUGGUCAACGUGACGGAGGGACGACAGCUCCGCAGGGCCUUCAGAAGCAUCCGGAACGCCCUUCCUCAGAUCCUCUACGUCUUCCUCCUCUUCAUGUUCAGCGUCCUCAUCUUCUCUCUCAUGGCCCUCAAACUGUUUGGGAAGCGAGGCCUGACCACCACAGAGGGACGUCCAUAUUUCACCAACUACCUGGAAAUCGUCUUCGACCUGUACGUCCUCGUGACCACAGCCAACAGCCCAGACGUCAUGAUGCCUGCGUACAACGCCAGCUUCUUCUUUGCAGUUUUCUUCAUUUUAUACAUUCUCAUCAAUACCUACAUCUUCAUGUCCGUCUUCCUGGCUGUUGUCUACAACAACUACAAAAAAUACCUGAAGGAGGAGGUACGGCAGCUGGUGAGGGCCAAAAGGCACAAGAUGGUUCGAGCCUUCGCUGUGCUACAGGAGAGGAGGGAGGAAGGGGAGGAGCCUGCGGUGACUCAGGCCUGCUGGAAUCAGCUCGUCCGAUUGGUCCAGCCGGACAUCAGCACCGCCCACAGAGAACUGCUGUGGAGCGUUUCGGACGACACAAACAGAGGCUGUAUCGGUAAGGUGGCGUUUGUCCAGCUAGCUGACCUCCUGAACAUCCAGGUGAUUACGAUGAAGUCGAGGCCCCACCCCCUUCAGAAUCGUUGCCCCACCCUCUACCUGUCCGCCCCCAGCCGCCUUGUCUGCCGAAUGGUCCGACACCGGGUGUUUGCGGUGGUGUAUGACCUGAUCAUCCUGGUGAAUGCGGUCUUCAUCGGUCUGGAUGAGGAGGAUCCGGUCAUCGCCAACGCUGAGUGGGUCUUCCUGGCGCUCUACCUGCUGGAGAUCCUGCUCAAGCUCUACGCCUUCGAACCGCGAGGCUUCUUCGCCAAACACCGCUUCUGGAACUGGUUCGACACCACCAUCGUGGUCUCGGCUCUGAUCGCCACCAUCGCCAACGCAGCAAUGAAGUCGUCGGGCGGCUACACCAGCCGGCAAAUUCUGGACAUCGUCUUCAUCCUGCGGGUGCUGCGGCUGAUCCGGGUGGUGGACAGCAUCAAGAGGUUUCGCACCAUCAUCAACACGCUGAUGAAGAUUGGACCUACUAUCCUCACAUUUGGACAGCUCAUCAUUGUGGUGUAUUACAUCUUUGCCAUGGUGGGUAUGGAGCUCUUUAAAGGGAAGGUCAAGUUUCUUGAUGAUGCCGACCCGCAGAAGGGUUACUGUGGCAACCCAUUGCUCAAAGACACGACCUUCGCCCGGCUCGGCUACUGCAAAAACAACUUUAACAAUGUGGUGUCGUCCUUCAUCCUGCUGGUGGAGCUAACCGUGGUCAACCAGUGGCACGUUCUCAGCAGUGGAUUCACCGCUGUCACGCACUUCUCUGCCAGGAUCUUCUUCGUCCUCUUCCACAUCACCGUCGUCAUCAUCAUCAUCAAUAUUCUGGUGGCCUUCAUCCUGGAGGCAUUCCUGGUGGAGUACACGGUGGACAAGAGCGACCUGCAGACGUCUCUGGAGAGGAAGAUCGAGGAGCUGCAGCUCGGCGUGGCACAGGAGCAGCUGGAAGAAAACCUGGUGAACGCCAUGGAGACCAGCGACGGCAGCGGGGGCUCAGAACCCGGCCAGAGCAAGCACACGCUGAUGUUCAAGAUCGCUUCUAAAAGAUACAGGACGGUGGACGGGUUGCUACAGCGGAUGUUUGAGGCGGAUCUCAGUCCCGAGGACCUCCGUGAGGACGGCGAUCCAGACGACUCUUCAAAUAUGAACUUCCCAAAUCCCAUCUUCGGCUCUGUAUAACCACCAGAUGCAUAUAAAUACAUAUGAAUAUAUAGAACAUGAGGGAACAACAGUCCAGUAUCGUGUUUACACUGUUGUGCUGGGUGUGAUCACGGGUGCAUACUGUCAGAUUGUCAAGUGUAAUAUGUAAACUCUAUGAGUCAGUAUUGUUCCUGAAGCCAUACCUAAUGUUAUUUUGGAUAUCCUUGUAUCUGUAUCUAUCUGUCUAUUUUUAUAUGACUUGUAGGCCUACCGCUCUGUAUAUAUAUAUAUAUAUACAUAUAUAUAUAUCACAAACAUGCACUCAAGGCUUUUCUGCCAAGAAGGAUUUUCCGUGUGCGUGUGUUUUUUUGUCUUCAGUUCGUCCGAAUGAGAAGGUUUAUGGAGUCUCCAUUAUAUCCUCAGGCUCACAUAGCAGACAGCGCUGAGAAACGACGGCAAACCAACCUAUACAGAGUCCAGACCCCCAGAUGACACGUCUGCACAUACACGACAGAUUGAGCAGACUUAAAAUAUCAAUGAAAUGCUGAAAAGGAAACGCCAA